ACGCGCGCAGCGGGUCCCGCAGACGCCUCGCAAGGGUCAUCAGAUGCGUCGCCCGCGUGCUUCCAACUGUCGGCAGGGCGCCCACAGGGAACCAGCGUGCUGACAAGUGUCUCAGGCUCGAGAGUCUCCCCAGCAGGGUCGACGGGACGCACGCCAUUGCAUCAGCAUGAACUCGGCGAUCAUGUCCCCGCCAGUGGCGGCCGCACUGGGGUGGCUCGCGGCGCUCGGCUCGGUGCCGAUGGCCCUCGGCGCCGAUGGCCCCGCUGGCUACACGUGCGGGGCUGUGAAGGACAUGUACAAGGAUGCGGGGUGCUGCGGCCAGCCGGAUGCAACCUUCGACGUCGCCAACUACCAGAUCAUCCCGGCGCCAGACACGAGCGUCAUCACCACGGCCAACCCAUGCGAAGGCACGAAGCCGACGGCCUCCGGCUUCGACAAUUUCCCUUGCGCCGACGCAAUCGUUGGUGCCGUCGAGCAGGCCGGCGCCAAUGUCACCGAGGGCUACAUGGGCGGCAUGGCCGUCGAUGCCACACCUUGGAACCUGACGUACCUCGAGGGGGGCCUCUGCCCGGUCAACGUGCACUGGCACUACGGAGCCGAGCACCUUUCCGUGGGCCAGUUCGACGAGGACGGCACCGGCAGGAAUUUUUCCGAGGAGGAUGAUGGCGCAGAGGACCUGACGCGGCGCCUGGCAGUAGCCCGCCUCGGCUUCCAGUGCCACCACUUCGACGAGGCCGACCCCAAGUUCACAACCGAGUACGAGUGGGCGUACUGCGUCGGCAUGCACGUCGGCGAGACCUACGAGGUGCACUGGCCGCACUCGGCCGCCGGCGCCUGCGGCACCCCGUUUCAGUACCAGACGCCCUUCUACGAUGGAGUCUUCUGCAGGGGGGCGACCUACCUUGCCGGAGAGCUUCAGCACAAGGUCGGGGUGCAGGCGCAAGUGUUCGUCAUCGUCAACGACGAGGACUACUUCUACCCCGACCUGAUGAGGGGCAUGAUCAUGGACCCGCUCGGCGCCCAAGGCUUCGGCGCAGACAUCGCCUACUACACGGGCUCGACCACAGGCACGAGCCGCGACAACGAGAUGUGUUCCGCGUACAGCCCCAUCACUUGGCAGGUCGACCGCAAGUGCCACCUCAUCUCUGCUUCAUCCUUCGACAAGAUGUGUGCGGACAUGCUGCAGCAGAAGGACGACAUGAGCGAUGACCUCCAUGCGCACGGGGCCCGCGAGCUCGUCAGUGACGAGUUGGCGGCCGACAACCUGCAGCGCUUGUAGGUGCAUCUCGCGUGACGUAGUCCUGCAAAGCGCGACGAGCCUCGAGGCCCGCAGCUGCCGCCCUGUUGACCCCAAUGCGGGACAAUCUCGACCACUUCUGCCCCCUGGGCUGGUGGAAUCUUGCAGGACUCAGCGCGCGGCCUCCGUGGGGCUCUCAUUCUCUUCGGCGCUCGGCUCACUACGCUUCGCGGCCAGCCGUCCUGACGGGAUGUCCCAAGCCAAGGUGGGAUAAUGGGCAACGCCCAGAAAACGGCUGUGAGUAGAGUUGCAGGAAACGACAUCCUUCCUCAAGGUUCAGGGCAUGCUGAUUGCAGCAGCGCUGUACUCCAAACAUGCUCAGAGCUUGGAAGUCCCGACAGGGACUCGUGGAUUUUGGUGGAGGUUGUUUUUGUUGCGGAUCUGUAUCUUCUUAGCCCUCCCCGUGUCCUCGCCCUCCAUACCCUGGCCUUCUUCGGGACUCGAGUUGCAUGACUGCAUGACCCACCUAAUUCGAGCCUCGCAGGACUUGAAGCUUCUAGCGCUUUCAGACGUUGGUUCCCACGUCGACUGUGAAGAGCCUCGCGCCGCACAGCUGAUCUGUUGGCCUCAAUGUGCGCCAAUCUCGAUCCGUAUGGCCCUGUGGGCCAUCAGGAUCUUGCAGAGACAGCCUGUGGGUCGGUGGUUGCUUUACAGCCUCCCAUUUGCCAUUCCAAAAGGAAUGCUUCACGCUUCGCGCAUCCCCACCAGCCCAUUCCAGAACAGCAACUUGUGCGAAGCAUGCCGGCCGGCAGUCGUGGCUUUCGGGCGCACCUCCUCCUGCCCACGCAUAUAUCCUUCUACUUCUCUGGGUCUUUC